ACAUUAUAGCAUCCCUCGCAAGAAUAAAAUAAAAAAUAAGAGUUACAAAUUCUCAGUGAACUAUGAUGAACAAACCGGAAAUCAUAUAAUGCGAUCGUUAGGGUUUAACCAAUACGACGCCGUAUCCUCACUAUCAUUAUCAGCCGUCAACUGUAAAACUCCUAAAUCAAUGUCAACCGUUAGAUGGUCUCACCGAUCGUUCUCCAAGUCGCCAUCAACACCAUCACCGAAGAUCUGUUGACCAACGACAAUGGCUUCUCUCCAGUCAACCCCAACAUCUCUCGGCUCCAAGCUCCAUCUCUCAUCUCACGCAACCACACAGCGUACCCUCCCCCUCACCGUCCGAUUCCCUCGUCGCCGCAACGCCGGCGGCGGCGUGAAAAUGUCAUCGCCGGUUUCCGAAAUCUACGCGACGGCGUUGGCUGACGUGGCGAAAGCGAACAACACUCUAGAACCAACCUGCAGCGACUUGGAGAAGCUGGAGAAGACCUUCUCCGACCCGAAGGUUCUAGAGCUGUUCGUGAACCCGACGGUGGAGCUUCGGAAGAAGCGAGAGGUGAUCGACUUGAUCUCCGAGUCUUUAUCGCUGCUUCCACACACGUCCAACUUCUUGAACGUGUUGAUCGAUUCGAAUCGGAUAGAUCUAGUGAAGGAGAUCGCGAAGGAGUUCGAAGCUGUGUACAACAAGAUGACGAAGACGGAGCUCGUGGUUGUGAAGUCGGUGGUGAAGCUCGAUUCUCAGCAUCUUGCUCAGGUGGCGAAGCAUGUGCAGAGGCUCACCGGAGCUAGGAAUGUGAGAAUCAGAACGGUGAUUGACGAGAGUUUGAUAGCUGGGUUCACGAUUAGGUACGGUGGCUCAGGUUCUAAGCUUAUUGAUAUGAGUGUGAAGAAGCGGCUUGAGGAUAUCACUACUCAGGUACAAAUUGAAGGUUGAAGUUCUUUUUUUGGUUUAGUAAACAUUAUACUACUGUGUUUAGUAAGCAAUGGUUUAAAGCUUUGUUAUGCAGCAAGGUUCGAAACCAAAACAACAAACCGAUA